CUCUCUCUCUCUCUCUCUCUCUCUCUCUCUCUCUCUCUCUCUCUCACAAUUGUUGUAGGUGCGAUCCGAGAGAGCCGUCGCGAAUCUCCAAUCAUGUUGGUCUACCAGGAUCUCCUCACCGGUGAUGAGCUUCUCUCGGAUUCGUUUCCCUACAAGGAAAUCCACAAUGGAGCACUGUGGGAAGUUGAGGGAAAGUGGGUUGUCAAGGGUGCGGUUGAUUUUGACAUUGGUGCCAAUCCCUCAGCUGAGGGUGGCGAGGAUGAAGGUGUUGAUGAUCAAGUUGUCAAGGUGGUCGACAUUGUUGACACAUUCAGACUCCAGGAGCAACCCCCCUUUGACAAGAAGCAAUUCGUCACCUAUAUGAAGAGGUACAUCAAGUUGUUGACAGGCAAGCUGGAGGGUGAGCAACAAGAAGAGUUCAAGAAGAACAUUGAGGCAGCAACUAAGUUCCUUCUGUCUAUGCUCAAAGACCUUCAAUUCUUUGUUGGCGAGAGCAUGCAUGAUGAUGGCAGUCUGGUAUUUGCUUACUACAAGGAUGGUGCCACCGACCCGACAUUUUUGUACUUUGGUCACGGCCUGAAGGAAAUCAAGUGCUAAGAAAGUGGGCGAUGCUGCCAAGUCAACCUAUGUUAUCUGUAGUUUUAGCUAUUGAUUGAAGGACAUUAUUUCGGAUGUUUUGUAUCGGAUGACUCACGGCUUCAAUAAGCCUGGCGUUUUGAUCGAAUGUUACUCUCGUGGUUUGCUGUGUCGUUUCUUUGAAAGUUCCUCUUUGAUUAACUUUUACAUACCACUCGAUAUUAUACUCGUAGAUUCUGUACGGUC